ACGGAUGCUGAUUGUUUCAAGCAGUUGAUUCCGUUUAUUGAAGAUGGAAAUAUUACUCGUGCUCUUCACCUAGCACGCCUAUUUCACUGCACUCCCGUCAUGCAGCAUAUCUUACAGAAGUUGGGACGGAAAAAAGAGUUGCUCCAGUACUACCUUGAGGGCAACAAACUCCGCGAAGCUAUUGAUUUGUGUAAUUCUGAGAAGAGUAAAGAAAUGUGGCUUGAUACAUUGGUCCACGUGUCGAAGAUUGAGGGUGAUGUCGAUGAGAGCCUAGUCGUGAAGAUGCUCGAA